AUGAAUGAUUUGAUGACAAAAUCGUUCCAAAGUUACGCCGAACUGAAGAAACAGGCUGAGAAGGACAAUCUUGAAGAUUCUCAUGACAUUGAAGCAGGGAAACUCAACAACCCCACGGAUUACCAUAACCUCUCACAGUUCUUCCAAGAAGUUGAAGCAAUCAAGGUUGAAAUGGAAGAGGUCGCUACCCUCUUAUUCGACCUUUUGCAACUGCAUGAAGAGACAAAGUGCACUGACAGUGCAAAAGUCCUACGUGGCCUAAGAGACCGCAUGGUGUCUGACAUGGUUACCUUGUUUUGCAAGGCAAGGAUCAUCAAUUCAAGGUUCGAGGUUCUUGACCAAUCCAACAUAACCAAUCACACUUUAUCAGAAUCCUGUAAAGAAGGAAUCCAAAUUGAUGACCAGAAUGUCUGUCACAAAUCGUUUUGUUGGCCAGGAUCGUGUGGCCAGUGUUGA